UCAAACAAAACUUGCCAAUAAUACCAUUUUGCCAUUUCUAUCUUCAAGCACAGCCUUGGACGUGUCCCAUUUGGAAUUGGGAACAUGCAAUGCCCCAGGGAAAACUAAACAAAACUUGCCAAUUUUCCAUUCUUUCUGGUUCCCUUUCCCAACCCCACAAUGUCCCUUUCCAUCUUCCUCCUAUGGCUUGUGUGCAUCCCCCUCUCUGUCCAUCCACUCCCUGCUCCUGGAGGUUUUCAAUUAAAUUGUGGUGCGUCCGAGGACAUAACUCAUGGCAACCUCAAAUACAUUCCGGACAAAGGUUUCAUAUCUGUUGGAAACAAAUCAGCCAUCAAAACAGCAGAUGUAUUGCCUGUAUUGUCCACAUUGCGCUUCUUUCCUGAUACCUCAGCAAAAAAAUAUUGCUAUGUACUUCCUGUGAUCAAAGGAGGGAAAUAUUUAGUUAGGACUACCUAUUAUUAUGGAGGUUAUGAUGGGGGGAAAGAGCCUCCAGUAUUUGACCAGAUUAUUCAAGGGACUAAAUGGAGCACUGUCAAUACCACAGAAGAUUAUGCGAAUGGGAUGAGUUCAUAUUAUGAGAUUAUUGUGGCUUCAUUGGCUAAGACAUUGAGUGUUUGUCUUGCAAGAAAUGUGCACACUACUUCUAGUCCUUUUAUAUCAGCUCUUGAAAUAGAGUACCUUGGAAAUUCGGUGUACAAUUCGACAGAUUUUUCAAAGUAUGCGCUUGUUACUGUUGCUCGAGACAAUUUUGGAGCAGAUGAAGAAAUAAUUGGUUUUCCAGAUGAUCAAUUCAACCGGUUGUGGCAGCCAUAUAUAGAUCAGAACCCUGUUGUUGAAUGCCAAAACAAUAUUAGUUCUUCAGAGUUUUGGAACUUUCCUCCUCAGAGAGCAUUCGCAUCAGCAAUCACAACAAGCAGAGGAAAGACAAUAAAAAUCCAGUGGCCACCAGUGUCGCUUCCCAGCACCAAAUACUACAUCGCACUCUAUUUCCAGGACAACCGGACACCGAGCCCAUACAGCUGGAGGGUCUUCAGUGUUUCUAUUAAUGGACAGAAUUUUUACAAGGAUCUCAAUGUGACAGCAAACGGCGUGACUGUUUAUGGGUCAGAGUGGCCUCUUUCUGGGCAGACAGAAAUCACCUUGACUCCAGGGAACAAUAUACCUGUUGGACCUGUGAUCAAUGCUGGUGAAAUAUAUCACAUUUUGCCUCUUGGUGGAAGAACUCUAACAAGAGAUGUGAUGGCAAUGGAAAAUUUAGCAAGAAGGUUUGUUAAUCCACCGUCCGAUUGGAGUGGCGACCCUUGCCUGCCUCCAGAGAAUUCGUGGACAGGAGUUAAAUGUUCCCAAGAUAAAUUGGCUCGAGUUGUUGCUUUGAACCUUACAAGCAUGGGCAUCUCUGGGUCACUACCCUCAAGCCUAGCCAAUCUAACUGCAGUCACCCAUAUUUGGCUAGGAGGGAACAAACUCUCAGGUUCCAUCCCAAACUUGAGCACACUGAAAGAGCUACAAACUCUGCAUUUGGAAAACAAUAAGCUCGAAGGGACGAUUCCUCAAUCUUUAGGCCAACUUGGGCAGCUUCACGAGUUAUUCCUCCAAAAUAACAAUCUUGAUGGCAGGGUCCCAGAUUCGCUGCGAAAUAAGAAGGGCUUAAAUAUUCAGGUGUCUCCUGGGAAUCAUCACUCUUCCUGAGUAAGCAUAACGCAAAUGGAGAACCAAGGAGAGGGGCGCAGCAAGUUUUUCCUUCACCACUUAAGGAUGUGACUGGGAAGAUUUUAGGGCCUAAUGUGAUUGGAACCCAUAAUUCUGGAGGGACAGGAAAGAGAUCAGAUGUAUCAUAGUAACAAUGUCUAAGUUGUGUGAGUGCGUUCUAACAAUGUGAUUUUGCAACAUUGCAUUGCAAUUACAGUGAAAGUUGUACACAAGACUUAACAUAUUUUAAAUGCUACAUAAAACUACAUGAUUGCUUA